AUGGUGGGCGACCUCGGAGAAUGGCACACCGUCAUGCCCACGUCCCUCUCCGCCAUCGAGCGGCUCACCCCGUCACAACUUGAGGAAUAUGAGCGCCAGAUCCUGCAAGAUUGGGAAAAGUCUCUCCAUUACUGGUCUGGAAUAGGCAAACACCCGCCCGAAGACUUGGCCGAAGCCAAGAAGCUGCACAAUCGAUUCAAACUCGCUCUCGACACUCCUCUGGGCAGUGGAGGUUUUGGAGUUGUCCAGAAGGUCCAAUACAACCAUAAUAAUCGAUCAAUAUGCCUAGCCCGGAAGCACAUUCGCCCGCGCGGGAAGAUGACGGUGCAGGAUCUGCGCAGGGAGGCCAAUGUCAUGGAAAAGCUGGAUCAUGACCAUAUCGUGAAGCUCGUUGGGACAUACUGCGUCCGGUCGAACCUCUAUCUGCUGCUAUGGCCCGUGGCCGUCUGCAAUCUCGACUCCUUGCUCAAUGACAUCGACUGCCUACGGUCUGGCCAUGGCGACCGCGAGGAUAUCAUCAGUCGGUUGCAUGCUUUGGACCUGAAAGACCUUAGCGCCAUUGAGCGCACUCGAGGCGCGGCACGCACCACCCCGACUCAGAACGGCUGUCCCCUGAAAUACCUCCAGCAUAUCGUAGGAUGUAUAACUCGGGCAGUGGCCUAUUGCCACCAAGCGGACGUUCGUCAUCUGGACCUCAAGCCUUCGAAUAUCCUCCUCAACCCUGGGCGCGUGUACCUCGCCGACUUUGGCAUCUCCAGAGAUGUCCACGGACAGGAUCACACCAUGACUAGGGAUUUGAUGGGCACAUCGAAGUGGAAGGCUCCAGAGCGCCAUCAAGUGGAUUACGAUUGGUCAAUGGGAACGGCCGAUGUGUAUUCUCUUGGUAUGGUGCUACUCGGCAUGGCCACUGUGAUGUACAGGGAACCGCUGGACGCGUUUGAGGCCGUUCUAGGGGAGCCAUCACCGAUGACGAAGGCAGAGAAACUGAAAGACUACUCGGGCAAGCUCGAGAAUUCGGCGCUUGCAACUCAGGAGGUGGAAGACCCCAGCGCCCCUACAUUCGGACCCAAACACAUUGUCCACUUGGUCUCGAAGAUGGUUUCAGCAGACCCAAAUGCUCGACCCAGCAUCUUCCAGGUUGACUCCGAGCUUGCCGAGCUCGGGGGCAUUGACCAGGUCUAUCAUUCCUCAUGUUGCAAAAGGAGCAGCCGCUUUAUGACUGAGCGUAUGAACAAUAGACUCAAGCUUCUUGCCGAGGAGCGGGAUCGCCUGCGGGACGGGUUUGGAGACCUGGAGAAGCGGCUGAAGGUCUUGGAAGAGAAAGACCUGACGUACGAAUUACGCAUUAUGAAUGAGCGCAAAGCUCAGGCAGAAAACAUUGCCAAAUUACAAGCAAACCUCGAGAAGGAGCGCAACGAACGAAAGCGGUUAGAGGAGCUGGUUGCCGAAAUGCAGCAGCAGCAGCACAACAAGAGACCGCUGCGCCCAGGGAUUCCGCGGCCGCAUUCUGGUCGUACUGUCUCCGGUGGCAGUCACAACACGGACGGUGUGAGCCAAACGCGCCCAAUGAACCAGCCCCUUCUAACCGCUAGACCACAGCCAUUGCCGACUCCGCCAACCCAACAGCCUGUUCCGCCAUCAGCAGCGGUACAAGGCUCGCGCCUUAGCUACUCCCAGACCGCCCGCGCCGCAAUUGCUCUUCACGCCGCAUCGCCCCUGCCAGCGACAGCAGCAACUCGCCGAGACUCUACGAUACGCGCGCCUAUACGCACGCCCACGCUACCCUCGCCGGCACCGGUGCCCAACGGCAGUCCGAGCCCGGACACCGUCGGGUACCCACUUCACUCUCGCACCUCGAGCUCCCGUCUUCCGCGACCCGUCCACCCCGCAACCCCUAUCCGAUCAAGCACGCCCGUCUUCAACCGCGACACCUCUUCAGACAGCACGCAGUACAGCAGGAGCAGCUCCAUCUUCAGUCCCCUCACACUCUCAAAACACUCUAUCGCCGCGACUAGCGUUGCUGGGACGCCUGUAAUGGCCAGCCCUGCUUUGAAUUUGAAUCAGCAGGAGAAGGAUUCAAGACAACAACACAUUGCAGAAGCCGACCCCGACCGUCACGCAACAGUUACUCCAAGUCGCCGCCCCUCGGAAGCUUCUUCAAGUGGUAUUGGCCUUGGGUUUGUCAAGAUAGAAAUGAAUGGACGAAGAGGGAGCGUUGCGAGGGAGGGACACGGUGAACACGACGCGGCGAGCGUCAUCAGUUCCGCCCUAGCUCCCUCAGGAACCCGCAGUCCUGUCAAUAGCGGUUCUGCGUUAUCGUCACCGCGGUCAACGUUUGCGUCGGCAGACGGUAAGAGAGCAAGUGUCGUGGUUCCGUCUCUGCCGACAGCCCCGAGCUGGGCGGAUGUGGCGAGGAGGUAG